UUGCUGCUUGCUGGCUGGCAGUCGUUGCCAGUUCCACGACGAGACGAGAAGCCGAUUCGAAUCGGAAGAAGCGGUGGUGCUGCUCCGCGGAAAGUUCACAUUUAAAUACAGUCGGGCAGUUUGUCGGGGCGGCGAAUAAUGUGUUUAAAAAUACCAGUGCCUAGUGAAUAGAUCGCCUUUAAGAUGAGCAAGAAAAUGUGGAAUAAGAUCUUCAAAUCAAAGUCGCAGAAGCCUCAGCCAUUGGGCAAGAUCAAUAAGCGGCACAGUCGUGGAAUUUACGAGGAGUACCAGCAAUUAAAUGAUUUGCUGGCCGGUGAAAAAGCGCAACUAAAUUUCAGCCAAAACGAAAAGGAAAAUGACCAUGGAAAUGGCUGUGGAAAUGGGAAUGGAAAUGGAAAUGGAAACAUUAACGUUUUCGAGCAACAGCCGCAGCAAAGUUCUUUCAACUCGUUGCAGCUUAGUGAGGCGCAACAGGAACAUCACCACCAUCAUCAGCAGCAGCAACAGCAACAACUGUCAACAUUUUCCCGCGUUCGGAACACUUUUUCGCUGAAACGCAAUAAAAAACAGCCAACUAAUGCCAAGUCAAGUGAGUCGGACACGCCUGCAAGUGUGGGCGCAGCAUCAAAAAUUGAUGAAAUUGCAACUGCAACAGCAGCAGAAGCAACAGCAACUGCUGCAACAUCAGCAAUAUUAACUAAUCAAAGCCACGCCAAUCAACUGCAACGCGUCCUAAUCGUUGUCAAUAAGAUCGAUGUGGCCACUAACAGUCCGACUAACCACCAUUUGCAUGCCAAUCCAACAAAAACACCAGCUACUGCAAUUAAAUCAACUAUCAACGCCACCACGGAUCUGGACGCCGAGGAGCCAAUCCGGGGCACGGACGACGAUCCGCUGCCCCCGCCGCCGCCGCCUUUGACUACCGGUCUGUCGGUUCCGGUGCCAGAGUACGUCCCUGCGCAAUCCAGUGACCUGACACCAUGUCCCUGCUGCAGCCGCACCUUCAACGUAAAUGCCCUUCGCAAACACAUCGUCAUCUGCGAGAAGUCCUCCAAGAAGCGUAAGGUUUUUGAUUCAUCCCGCCAGCGUCGAGAGGGCACCUCAUUGUCCACCUAUGUGCUGCCCAAGAACUUUGGCCUCCCGAAUGCGGAACGUAAUCCGGGCGUCUCGCCUCCGUGCACCAGCCGGGAGGCAGCAGCAGCUUUAGCAGCAGCCGCAGAGCCUGUUAGCUCGCCCAUACCCGUCCGUCGCAAAUCACAAACCGAAAUGGUUCGCUCCACAGCUCGAGCUUCUCUGAGGAAAACGGCCUCCACACUUUCCAAUAACUCAGGAGAUACAGCUGUGGCUACGGGAGCUCCGGCUCCAGCCGCAGUUGCCACUUCAGCUCCGGCUGCAGCUCCUCCAGCCCCUCGGGAACGAUCUUUGGCCAAACGCAUCAAGGGACCCGCCUGCGAUCGCUGUCCCCACUGCGAUCGCACUUUUAAUCCGAAAGCAUUUGACCGCCACGUGGAGUGGUGCAAGGAGAAGGCCAUACAGGCCACCAUGAAGUCAGGAAACUCUCAGGAGACGAGCAAGGCUAAGGAACGAUUGGAGGCCAGGAAACAGUACCGGCCACCCAAUUUAAAGACGAAGCGAUCCCUCGCCCGGGACAAGUACUCUGGCCACCAUGAGGAGGUACUGGAAGCGGGCGACAUGUCAACACCCAAGCCCAACAUGAUGUCUCUAUCGAUGACCUCGUCCGUGCACAGCGAUAACAAUCAAAUGGUAAAGGUUCGAGGCGAACCCUCUCGCAGCACCACCCAGGUCACCCAGAACCAGGUGAGCCUGUACAUGUCCCAUGAUGAGGAUCCGCCGUCCUCGCCGCCGCCCAGGGAGCGGAUGAGCCACCGAUCCAAGCGCAAGCAGUCGGAGACCUGCUGCGAAAUCGACGAGACCAUGGACCGGCUGAGGCGCAACGCUGCCGGAGAAGGCCGCCAGUUGGCCACACUUGACUGCGUGGAGGCGCCAACGCUCAAGCCGGUCCGGAGCCGUAAGGGCGGCUCCAAGCGGGACAAGCUGGAGAUGGGCGACAAGGAGAUCAGCCUGCCCAAUCUUCCGCAAGUAACCAUGACUUUUGAGGAGCUGAACGGGUUGAUCAAGCGCAAAGGUGGCACUCCCAUCUGCAAUGUCCAAAUGGAUGAGCAGGAAAUCGCCAGCUUGGCGGCCAAAACAUCCCGCUCCUCCACAUCGCUGGUGCGCCAGGCACGUAGACGCCUCCGCACCCGGGAGAAUCCAAAUCUUGAGCUGCGCGCCCUGGAACAGGAGCCAGUGCUAACCAAGAACGUGGAGUUCGCCUCACUCGAUUCCAGUUUGGUGCCUCUGCACCGGAAGCAACGCGGCCAGUAUUCCCCAUCCGAGGACGAAUCUCCCCGAGCCGAGAUUCAGAUUAAGCUGGAGGCCACAACCAUGCGCACAGUAUGUCGGCCAAAGAAGCGUUCCGCAGCGGCUGCUCUGGGCAACUCGGAGCCCAUGAGGGCUUUGCCAAUGCCCCAACUGAAGCAGAGUCUGGAGGCCAUAAAUCAGUCCAUUGGGAAGGUUUCCCUGCCGCGCCUGGAGCUGGGAAACGAGAGGAAAGACGACACUUACGACCAAGAGGAGGAGAUCAGCGACCUGGACUUCGACGAGGAGCUGGAGAAGGACAGUCCCCGAGUGGUGGUGGAGGAGCCGCUGAGUGAGGAAGAGGAGGAGAUAGCGGCGGUAGUGGAGAAGCCAGUGAUGACUCUGCCGCCCCUGAUCAAGCAGGGCAGUAAUGUUAGCCGUCGCCUGGUGGUCCUCGAGCAGGACGAGAAUGGCACCAUGUACAUCAAGUCGGCUCCCAAUGGCAAGCGUCGCUUGAAGAGCGGCCUAGGCGAUAAGUACGAUCCCUUCCUCUCGGCCAAGCGGCAGCUGGAGGAGCUCUGCUCACCCAACACCCCGCCGCCGGAGGAGGAGAUCGUGAUGACCACCACCAAACCUAAGACACCACUGACAGCUACACCUUUCGCCGCACCCAGUAUAUCCAUGACAACCUCGCUGACCUCAUCCGUCCUGGGCAGUCGACCUGCCCCAGUCACUCCCAAGGUCCAGCCAGUCUCCAACUUCAGACGCACUUCAUCCUUAAGGGGACCCCGCAGGACACCCCUGCUGCCCAGUCGGCCGCUGUUCGCCACCAACUAUCGGCCCACCAUCCAAAGAGGUCUCUCCGAUGAAGGACCCAUCUCCACGAAUUUCCUGAAACCAGAAGAGUACGAUGAGAUGCCGGUCCGGGCGGCCUGUGGUAACGAUUUCCAUAGUCCACGGGUGGUGCGGCGAGAUACGAGUGCCUCGAAUCGGAAACAGAUGAUGAAGCUGCCUGUGGGUGGAGCGUCUACUGAGGCGGGUCCCUCGUCUCCGCAGCCGACUCGUAGUGUGGCCAAGACCGAUUCCCUGGCCGUGUUCCUGAAAUACGAGCACGAGCUAGAGCAGUUGAAUGCCAAGGCGGCGGCCACGGAACUGGCUACUCAGUUAACCAGCAAGGAUCUGAAGGAUAAAAGCAACAAUCUGAGCAAGCAGAACUCGGCCAAGAGCCUGGGUCAGAGCACUCCCACCACCACAACCGCCACCACCCAGCUUCCGCCCUUAACGCCAGUGGCUCCAAUGCCUCAAUCUCCGACUGUGGCCAAGGACAUCAGUAGCUACCCACCCAUAGUCACUCCAUUGCGGUUGGAGCCCAUCAACAAGCCAAUGACGCCCAUCAAGCUGGAGAGCAUCUUCGGGCCCAGACGGGAGACUACUUUGGGAUCGGGCCUUGGAUCUACAACUGCAUCAGUGGCCGGAGAUUAUAUAGAUCCCAAGCUGAUCAAUGCCUGCGAUAACCUGCAUGUGAAUAGUGGUGUUUCCUCCGAUGCCAGCUCCACGCCGCAGCAAUUGUCCCAGAGCCGGAGCCGGAGCAGCUCCCAAUCCACCAUAGUCCACGAGAGGCGGCAGUCGGGCGAGGCCAGGAAUCUGCUGAAGCGCAAGAUGCGAUUGGGACGCAAUCAGUUCCUGUACGAUGCCUCACCCGAGGAUGCUGGAGAUGCCAGUUCUGGAUGCUCAGCAGAUGACGAGGCGAAUAGGUCCUCCAUGGAGUUCGACGAGCAGUGCUGGCAGCAGCAGCAAAAGCAACUCCUGACCAACCCACUGCCCAUGGUUAUGCCCAUGGUGCAACAUGCCCAUAGCAACAUGCCCACCUUCGAUGACUUUGACUUCGAGGAGUUCCUCUCCUCAUUCGAAAACGAGAAUGACGACGAGCAGUUCCCCCUGUUCAAGGACUGUCGCGAGUUCCUUCUGAAUCGCUCGACGAGCCGCCAGCGCUCGUUCCAGAAAGCGACUUCGACGCCACAACCGACAGCCACACAACAACAACACCAUCACAACAACCAAUCUAACAACAACCAUAAGUCUAAAGAUGUCCACGCCCACAGGUCCGAUUCGAAUAUGUCCGGAAUGACGGAUGUCAGCAGCCAGCAUGAAGAGAAGCAAAGCCGUCAGGCAGAGAUUGAGAAGCAAACCCGUCUGGCGGAGAUUGAGAAGCAAAACCGUCUGGCCGAGAUUGAGAAACAAAGCCGCCUGGCCGAGAUUGAGAAACAAAGCCGACUGGCGGAGCUAGAGAUGCAAACGCGCCUGGCCGAGAUGGAGAAGCAGAAUCGUCUGGCGGAGUUGGAGACCCAAAGCCGUUUGGCGGAGCUGGAAAAGCGUGCCGCCGCGGAGGAUCAACAGAAACGAGAGAUUUUCAAUAGAAAUUCAGCCGAGGAUCAACAGAAGCGGGAGAUUUUUAUUAGCAUUGAAACGGAGGCGAAUGCCCAGGGUAGAUCCCCUAUAUCGCCGGACUCGCUCCGCCAUAUGGUGGGUAAUUCUCAGACACCCAUCGAUGUGCUGCACAUCGAAAAUGGCAACGAGCCGGAACACGCCAGAUUCAGCAAGAUCAGCGACACGGAGGACGCCGGAGAGGAGCCCGGAGAUCGGCCCAGCCAAUUGAAUUCCAAUCGACUGGUCCAGUCCUCGAGCUCAUGCGCUUUGGCCCCCAACGUGCAGUUGAAUAAUGCCAAGAAUCUGAUCCAGAAGAUGCAGAGCGAUUUCCGGCAGCUGGGCGAGGAGGCGAGUGCGUCCAUGAGGCGGACGCUGAUAGCGAAUAGUGGACGAUCCGAGGAACAGCAGCAGAUGAGAGAUCCGGAACCAAAUAGCCAACAGCAGCAGCAACACCAAUUUCAGCAGCAACAGAUGCAGCACCAGCAGGAGAAGCCCAGUUCUCCACUGACACCUUCGCCAUCGGCGGACUCGGAUGAGCUGAGUAGCCUGGACAGUUAUACCAUGCUUUCGCGCGGUGCCGGCUCCAAGUUAAGCACGGAUUCUGCAUAUGGAAGCAGCAAUUCCCCGUUUAGCUUGUCACGCCAGCGCUCCAGCGAAUUGCAGCCGGGUACUCCACGCUCCCAAGGACUCCUGCGUCCACACACGGCGAACGCCAAGUUGGCCGGCAACAUGUCCGAUGCCUCCACACAGGCACAUACCAAGUACGGGACCCUCAAAGCCCGGCAGCGGCUCUUCUCCAAUAACGGAAGCAGUGUCACCAGUAACAAUGGGAAUGGCGAUGGCGCCGAGUCGUCCAGCAGCGGAUCAGAGAACUCUCUGGAAGUGCAACAGAAACAGCAACAACAGCAGCAUACAAGCAACUACAAUUACCAGCAGCAACAGCAGCACCAGACCCAAUCCCAGCCAGCUUAUAAAACUAACACCAUCAAUAACAACACCACCGUACCGAUGACACCGACAACAUCACAACACUCCCUGCUGAGCAACACUUCGAACACCUCCAGCAUGUCGUCGAGUAUGAAAAUGUCGAAAUUCUGCCACGAAUGUGGCGCCAAGUUCAUCGUAGAACAGGCCAAAUUCUGCAUGGAAUGCGGAGUGCGGCGGAUGGUACUCUAGUUUAACUCUAAAAGUAGAUCACAAUGUAGAUCAUCAAAAUCUGGGCAUCAAAACGACACAAACCGACACUGAUAUAUGUACACUGAGACACUGAGAGAACAGGAGGAAAAUGAUGCGGCCUGGUUGGAUCGGUCUUUGGGUCUUGAAUAUAUACCAAAUGUAGUUGUUACACUCGCAAAAACAUUUUAGAAAGCGUUAACCCAGCUUAUAUAAAGAAUAAUAUAUAUAUAUAUAUUUUAAUA